AUGGCUGUUGUCAUCGGCGGGAGAAUCUACGUAAUUGGAAAAAGCGAUUUUGAUGAUUAUGUCUGGAAGAAGGCGAUGGUGGUGUUCAACACAGAAACACAAAAGUGGGAGGAACCUGGGAUUAUAAAGGCAGACAUUGAGCUACGUGACACGUAUUACCAUGGCUGUGUGGUGAUGGUAAGCUGUACACGAGGGAUUCCAAUAACAGCUUUGUUUACGAUCCAAAGGAAAAUAAAUGGGAAAGAGAAGAGAUGCUGA